AUGCUAGCUCAUGAACCGCUGAUAAAUUCAAGUCUAAGAUUGAAGAGAGGGUGCCCAUUUGGACGAGUGCCUAUUCGUCGCUCUCCAAGAGUUAGUCCUAUCACAAAAUCAUGGAAUCAUGGAUGGGAAUCACAUCAGCCCGUAAGGACAGCUAAUUUUGCAGGAUUAUAUACAUCCAAAGGAGAAUAUCAUGGAUCUGGGGGCGCUUUGAGCAUUUACAAGCCUAAAGUUAAUGUUAAUUCUAAAUGUCAUAGUUCUGCUAUGAUAUCAUUUGAAAGUGGAGACGGUCUUAACUUGAACCAAAUACAAGUUGGAUGGACGGUGAAUCCUGAUUUAUAUCAUGAUAAUAAUGUCCGAACAUACACAUCAUGGACGAGCGACAGUUAUCAAAGGACAGGCUGCUACAACAUGUUUUGCUCUGGAUUUGUGUUAAUCAAUCCUAAUUUUCCUCUAGAUAUGGUUCUAACACCAUCUUCAGUGAGGGAACCCCCAACAUAUGAAAUAUGGUUUGAUGUCUCGCAGGACAAGGAGACUGGCGCUUGGUGGCUUGGAAUAAACAGAGAGUACAUUGUAGGUUAUUGGCCUAAUGAAAUAUUUACAAGCUUGAACCAAUUUGCUGAUACAUUAAGAUGGGGAGGAGAGAUUUUCACACCCUCAUCAGAAGACUCGAGCCCUCAAAUGGGAAGUGGACUUUUCCAGAAUACGAAUUACGAUUCGACAUGUUUUGUUCAGAAAAUCGAUCUUCUUGAUUCUCAUUUCAAUACAAUUAUUCCCGAUGAAUCUUUUAUUCAAAGUAGCACAUCACGUUGUUACCUUGAAGGAGAUCAAUCGUACAAGAAUGACAUUGGUUAUAGCUUUUUGUUCGGCGGCAAAGGUGGUUCUAAAGAUGUUUGUUUUUGA